AUGCAGUUGCAAGACUACUUCGUCGUCUAUACCCCUCUCAAGUUCUACGCCAACGAAACGGACUGCGCGGAUGCAUUCGACGGUGAUGUUGCCGGAAGAGGUGUCGUAGCUUCCCUCGUAGCAACCGCUAUUCUGACCACUCUCCUGGCGAUGUGUGCUCCAUUCCUCGACGGCAUUGCAGGCUACGGUCUCAAGGACGGCCUCGAAGGCUGCGAAGGUGUCUUCUCCCGGAGAACAAACGAGUGGCUGUUUCACAAGUUCAGCCAGAAAGGACGGGAACGUAGCGACUUCUACCGAAAAGUCCUCACUCGCGUCAUGAUCACCCUUGGAGACCAACAAAUCCUGACAGGCAUCGCAAUCAUUAUCAGCGGUUACAGCCGUGCGAUGCAAAAUCACUCGCAAAUGGUCGAGGAUUUCUCCCGCUGGCGCUACAGGCUGGUAGAAAAUCACUUCUUUCUGAUUGUCUACCUAGCUUGUCUGUCAAGCAGCUCACACUUGGCCGCCAUCGUCACAUUGAAACGCUACCUGAUAGAUAACAAAGUUCUGGCCUUCCUCAGGCUGGCACUGAUCGUGCUGUUCGCAAUGUUGCUAACAGUCACCAUCUGCUUGUCUGCUCCCUUUGGGCCGCCUACUAUCCUUUAUCUUUCCAUCGAAGCCAAGCUCCAGACCGAUGAGUCAAUGUGUGGCAUCUGGAAGAAGAGCUACGGCAGCUGCGAAGACAUCAAACUGCACAGGCUAUGGCUCGUGCUCUUCUAUAUUGUCGCCGUCAUCGCCGUACUUUACCCAUAUUGGAUCGCCAUCAUCAAUACAUUCGAGAGCUGGAACGAAGAGCUUGGACGCCAUUUCAGACGUUUCUGGCAGAACGAAAGCAAGUGGCUUCCAAUGCACUGGAUAAGAAAAAGCUUUGCGGGUCUGGACAACCUCGGGCCCGGAACUUUCUGGAAGUCGUUCCGGCGAAAGAUGAAAAUGACCUUCCUUUUCUUGGCUCUCGGAAGUUCUGGUGAGGCAUUUUGCCUGCAGGUUGUGUUCUUCUCCGUUUCCCUUUUCUAUGUUCUUUUGCAAAGAAUGUCCAACAAACCCAACAACAACCCGGAGAUCUGUGAUCUCUCUGCUGGGGGGACAAAAUGGGGGUUUGGCCAGAUUUUGCCCAUGAUUCUACUGGCUGUCCCUGUGAUUUCUGGGAUCGUAUCGUAUUUCGAGAUCAAAAGCGAGAUGGAGAAAGAGAAGCGAAGACAAGUGUCUGAGGAGAAAAAAGUGCCAACUCCUGAAGAAAUAGCAUGA